UUGCUUCCUUUCUGUUAUCGAGGACAUGUGCACGCGGGACAUGAACAACCUAAGACAAGAGCUAAAGCAAUCCAAAAAGAAUUUUAACAGAAAAUGAAACAAACAGGAAAGACAUAAAAACAUUGGAUAAACGACCAAGCAAUGUCGAUCAACCAAUCAAAGAUGCAAAAUGAAGAAGAUUACUUGCAAGGACCAAUCUUCUCACCUCCAGUAUACCAACAAAGGUACAACUCCGUUAUAAAGCUAAUCAACACUUCAAAUUGUAAAAAGGUGUUAGACAUUGGGUGUUCUGAAGGAAAACUCUUGACAAAGAUGAAAAUCCACUGUCAGAUGUUGGAGGUGAUAUAUGGUCUUGAUAUUGAUAAGGAUGUUCUUGAGGAAAACAAGUUUAGAAUCAAGCCACUGAUGGCAGAGUACCUCAUAAAAAGAGGACAACCAUUGAAAAUGGCACUUUAUCAAGGAUCAGUUGCAAAACCGGAUCCAUUGUUUACAGAUUUUGAUUUUAUUUCUUGCAUUGAGGUAAUCGAGCAUCUCACAAAAGAAGAACUUGACGCCUUUCCAGCUGCAGUUUUUGGCAUUCUACGUCCUAAAACUCUUGUUAUCACAACUCCUAAUGCAGAUUUUAAUAUUCUGUUUCCUGGACUGGUUGGAUUUCGACACCCUGAUCACAAAUUUGAGUGGACAAGAAAAGAAUUUAAUGCCUGGUGUGAAAUGUGUGCUAGACAGUAUGGAUACUCGAUAUCGUUGUCGUUCAUUGGAAACGGCCCGGAGGGAACGCAACACUUGGGUGGCUGUUCGCAGAUGGCUCUUUUCACAAGAAAUACUCGUCAUGAAGUUAAUGACACUCUACUCGAGAAUGCUGAUCGUGGACGAUUUGAACUGAUAACAGAGAUAAUAUAUCCCUACGAGCCUCCGAAGUCGGUCGAAGAAAGACUAUCAAAUGAGAUCCGGUACCUGGUGAACCAUUAUUUUAACAUUGAAAGCAACGCCGAUGUUGUCAACCACAAUGGCGAUAGUGACCCAGACAUGCUAUUCCGAUCGAUACCAGUUAAAUAUCUGCAAGAGUCACCAAGCAUAAAAACUAUUUGCAAGAACCCAGCAGCUGUAAGAGAUGCCGUUUGUCGUUUAUACAAGAUUUCCGACGAUCAAGAUUUUGUUAUAGUCCCUUUCGAAGAAGACAAAUAUGAUGCUGAUUUUGACGAAUAUUAUGAGGAUGACGUCGGCUAUACGGAUAUGGAGAAAUCUAAUGAAGAACCUACAGAUAUUCUAAAUAGACGAAGCCAAUUUGAUCCAGAAGAAAAAGAGUGGUGGGAUUGAGCCUCCAUUUUCGGAUGGUCUUUUCAACAGAUAUUGUCGUUCUAGCAAAAUACGUAUAAAGGCAUGACCACUGAACCCACCAAUCUGCUUCGAUGAAAAUGCCACGUUGAUGUCUCUCUCGCCUUCGAACUAUAACAAUACAAUCAAUGAUAAGGUAAAGUAAAUAUAAAGGUUUGAGAUUUGUUUGAUUCAGAGGAUGAACCUGUUGGAUUCAUAUCUAGCUCCAUUCGCUGUAUUACUUUAGCUAAAUUUCCUGCGAAAAAUCCUUGAAGGUUUGCUCUGAAAAUUUACCCAUUUCUAGAGAAAAGGCCAACAUUACACCCUAUAUCCCCAAAAAAAUGUUGUUUCUAGAGCCAAAUGUUAUAGAGACAGAAAAAAAAUUGAUGGAGGUUAUGUGCGUUAAAAUCACUUAUGGAGGAAGCAAAGUGGAAGAGGAUGAAGAUUGGAUGAAGAGAAGAAAAAAGACAAAGUGUAGGAGGAAGAAGAAGAUAAAGGGGACAGUGGCGUACCCAGGGCUGCAGUAGUGGGAGGGUCUGGGGUGCAGCCCCCAGAAAUUUUUUUGGACCACGCCCUUCAAACACUCGCAAAUGCGAGGAAACACCCCUUUUCAAAAUUUCCAUCCAUUAUUUGAUUCAUGUUAGCUACGGUAAAUAGCAAAGCAUUUUACAAUUGUUAUUGACACAAGCAUACAGUAUACUACACCCCCCCCCCCAAUGAGUUUUACAUCGUUUUUGGGCAAAUCAUGAUGAUCAUAUUUUAUAGUAUACAGUAUACUACACCCCCCUAUUCCCCCCCUCGGGUACGCCACUGAAAGGGUAGAAAGAAGAAGAGUAACAUGUGGAUAAAAAUGAUAGAAGAAGGCAAAAAAGUAUGGAAAGAGAAAAAUAAGCGAGAACAAGAAAAAAAAGAAGUGACUCAGUAGCUAUUAGCAAUUGAAAACGAGGAUGUAUUGUGUGCUGACACUUUUGUCUUUAAAUGGAUAGAAAAGACGAAAUAGUUAGCUGUCUUAGAAAACGUUAUGUUUUCAUGGCUGUGAACCGGAGAAUGGCUACCCAACGAUGCAAUAGUUUUGGGGAAGGCAAAAAAACUUGAAAAGAUUAUAUAAAGUUGAAGGAAUUUAAAGCAGUGCUUGAAAUUUUCUUAACUUCUGACAAAGUGUUAAGACUAAAGCAUAGAUACUUCUACUUAAAUUCCAUUUGUUGGAGACUUUAUUUAAAAGAUACCAGGUCAAUUUUGAAGAAGGCCAAUCGAGCAAAGUUACAUCCAGAGGAUUGCCUAGGCAUUUUCUGAACUCUGGAAGCUAGGACGACCGACAAGAAGAUUGUGACCGCUAUUAUGUCGAAGGUAGAUUGAAAAGACAGUACCGAAAAUUGCACACAGUUAAUUAUAAAAAGCAAUGCAAAGUAGAAUCUAGUUAUAAGUUGUAGAAGUGAUGGAUGACAGGAUAAAAAUGAUGUAGAAAUACGACGAUAGCGAAGGAAAUAUUUUCCGAAAGAGGCCAAAAGAAAAACUAAAAGAGGAUGAGAAAGAAGAAAAAGCAAAAGAGAAAGAAGAAUGUAAGGCGAAGAAGAGAAUGGGAAGAUGAUUAAGUAGAAACAAAGGAAGGGGAAGAAGACAAAAAAGAAACUGUAGAGAAGUAGAUACAAGAGAAAAGAAAAGAAAAGGGUGAAGGAAGAAUGGGAAGAACACGAAUAAAAUGAAGGAGAAGAAAAAUUCGAAGUACUAAAAAAGGGGAUGAAGAAAGGAAAAAGAAAAAAGGUAAGGGAAAAGAAAUAUGGAAAAAAUUUGUUAAAAGACCAUUAAAGCACACAAGAGUUCAUGGAUUAUUGGGAAAUGUAGUGUACAUAUCAAUUUAUGAAAUCCACGGAGUAUUAUUGGAAUGCAGAUGAGAAUGCAAUAAACAUUUACCACAUUUGAAAUAACUAGAGAUCGAUGCUUGAAUGAUUAAUCAAUGUAAGCAAAUCAAAUCAAUUGAGUGCUUGCAUUACCUCUGGGAUCAGUACUACUGACAUCUGCAAGCUUCCAUUUGGCUGAACGUUUCUGAAACAACAAAUGAUUAUGAUUAUGAUUAUGAGAUUGUAAUAUCACGUUUUACCUUUCAUCGAUAAUUGGAUUGGAGAUUCGAAGAUUGAAAAGAGACUUUCCCAUCCACUCCCAUCUGAAUUGGAAAUUGCAUGACAAUUGCAUUUUAAUUCCUUUCGAUUUUGUAGAAUAUAAAGUCAUGAAAGCGUUCUUAUUUAAAUGCUCCUAUUUGAUUUUUCAAUCAUCAAAGCAUAGACUGGUGAUAGUAUUCACAUGCUGUGAAUCGAUUUUUUUGAGAAAUGAUAGAACAAGAUUUUUUAAUUCUCUCUAUAUUUUCAAUCAUAUUUCCUCUAAAGAACGCCGCGGCGUUUAUUACAAAAUCUAACUUUUUGAUGAGGCGUUUAAUAGAGGGUGGCGUUUAUUAGAGGGGGCGUUUAGUACAAAAUAAAAAGUGUUUCAAAUGAAAAAUGACAAGAAAAUAACGAUAAAGGAUAAAACAGACUUUAAGCAAUGUUUUUUUCAAAUUUAAACAUGUAAUGAAGAUUUUAUGAAGUUUACAUUAUAGAAAAUCAACGAAUGUCAAAAAUGCGGCACUUAGUAGAGGGCGGCGUUUAUCAGAAGUCGGCAUUCAUUGGUGAAAAUACUUACUUUUGUG